AUGAAUGAACGUAGUAAGGAUGCCAGAGUUUUUGGUUUUGAACAGAGAAUUCCAGGAAAUAAAGGAAAACGUACCUAUUUAGUUACACACCCAAAACAUUUAUGGCAAAUUCAUAAAAAGAGACCAGUAGAAGAAAGAUGUACAUAUGAAGUAAUUGUAAAAGAUUCUCCAUGUAAAUUAUAUUUUGAUUUAGAAUUCAAUAAAACAAUUAAUCCUGGAAAAGAUGGAUCAGAAAUGGUCAAUAUUUUUAUUGAGUAUGUCUGCAAGAGUUUGAAAGAAAAAUAUAAUGUAUAUUGUGAUAAAUCAAAUGUUUUACAGUUGGAUGCCAGUGACAUUAAAUGGAACUUCAUUUCUUGUUUGUUUUUCUACCACAAGUCUGAUUUGUUAUUUUCACUAUCAACUCAGACACUUGCAAUCACUUCCAUGUCAGCCAUGUUUAUUCUUUUACACUUAAUAUUUGUUUUAAAUGGAUUUUGUUUUAAAAAUAAUAUAGAAACUGGUAAAUUUGUUAAUUAUGUUUGUUUAAAUAUAAUGAAUCAAAUAUCAUCUGAAAAUACUUCUAACAAUAGUUUAUCAUCAUCUGAUUUGUUGAAACUCUUAAUAAAAGGUAAAGAUGGGAAAGAGACUUUAUUUUGUGAUUUAGGUGUUUAUUCAAAAAAUAGAAAUUUUAGGCUUUAUUUAUCAACAAAAUUUCAUAAAAAUGCUCCAUUAAUUUUGUCAGAAGAGAAUAAAUAUAAAAAUUUUCAAAAUGAUACAGGAGAUACUGAAGAAAACAUCUUCUUAGAUUCUUUGAUUACUUAUUUCAGGUUAAAUGAACAAAUGGAAUUGCUGUGUUGGGAUGAACCUGUAGUAAAAUGUAUCAAUAAAAUUGAAGAAUUUUAUGAGGAUGAUUUUAAAAUGAUAGUUUCUUCAGAACAUCAUCAUGGCUUUCAACAUUCUCCUUAUCCAGAAGUCGACAGUUUCAUUCGGAACAUUGUAGAAAAUAAUAAAACCAGACCAGGCUAUAUUCGUCAUUGGUCAUAUUUUCCAGAAAGUGAAAGAGUACUUUAUGAUAUAGGAAACUACAGAUAUUGUGAAAAUAUUGGACGCCAUCAUAAGAGCAAUCAUAUAAUGUUCAUAGCCUGUUUAAAAGAAGGCACAUAUUAUCAAAAAUGUUAUGAUCCUGAAUGCAGAAGUCAACAGUUUCGGUCAAAAAUUAGGAAAUUACCACCUGAAACAUUACCUGCAUUUUUUGCUCAAGAUACUUUUGUAGAAUUGAAUGAUAUUCCAGAAGCUGAAGAAAAGGCAUUACUGGAAGCUGUAUUAUUAUUGGAAAAUUCUCCAGAAUUCAAAAAUAUAUUAAAUGACACAGGUUAAAGUGUGGCUUGUAUGUGUAAUAAUUUAUAAAGUAAACCAUGUUUUUAUUUAAAUUACCAUUGCAUUGAAAUAUUUAUAAUACUUUUCAUUAAUUACAUUUAUUCUGGUGUUUUGGAAUUAAUGGGAGGUAAUUUUUAAAAGUUUACAUUUAAUUAUUGCAAAACAAUAUAUUAAAUUGUUUAGAAUUUGAAAACAAUAAUCUGUUUCAAAAAUGUUCAAUUAAAACCAGGUAAAUAGAUUUUCUAUAGUUUACAAUUUUUUCACAUAUACUGUACAAGCAAAUAUUUAUUAAUCUUUUAAAUAGAUACUGCUGUUCAGCAUUACUGACAUGUUAUUUUUUCACUUGAUCAUACAAUUUAUGAUAAAUCUUGUGUACAAAAUUUACAAAAUUUUAUAUUUUUUAUGGUCUCCUACAUUUCCAUUUGCAAAACCAAAAUAAUCCAAGCUAUUUUUAUGUAGAGAUAUCUUGUGUCAAAAAAGAAAUAAUCAUCAAUUUCUUUAAUUUUAAAAUUUAUCUAAUUAAU